AGGCGGGAAGCGCGCGCACGCGCACUCGCCUCCAGUCCGCCCGCCGCGGUAGCCGUGGUGCCGGGUGCUGUGGAGCGAGCCCGAGGGCACCGCCGCCUCGGACGGCCCGCAGAGCCCCGCCGCCAUGAGUGAAAUUCCUAAGGACUCCUUGAAAGCCGUUCUGUUAGAGUUGGACUGUCACUUUACAUGGAAUUUACUUAAGGAAGAUAUUGAUCUGUUUGAUGUAGAAGAUACAAUUGGGCAACAGCUUGAAUUUCUUACCACAAAAUCCAGACUUGUUCUUUAUAAUUUACUGGCCUAUGUGAAACAUCUAAAAGGUCAAAAUAAUGAUGCCCUAGAGUGUUUGAAACAAGCAGAAGAAAUAAUCCAGAGAGAACACUCAAAUGAAAAAGAUGUACGAAGUCUGGUCACUUGGGGAAACUACGCCUGGGUGUCUUACCACAUGGACCAGCGUGAGGAAGUUCAGAAGUAUAUAGACAAGGUAGGGAAUGUCUGCAGGAAAUUGUCCAGUCCUUCUGACUACAAGUUGGAGCGCCCUGAGAUUGACUGUGAGAAAGGGUGGGCACUCUUGAAAUUUGGAGGAAAGUAUUACCAAAAAGCUAAAGCAGCUUUUGAGAAGGCUCUGAAAGUAGAACCUGACAAUCCUGAAUUUAACAUUGGCUAUGCCAUCACUGUGUAUCGGCUGGAUGAUUCUGAUAGAGAAGGGUCUGUAAAGAGCUUUUCUCUGGGACCUCUGAGGAAGGCUGUUAUGCUGAACCCGGACAACAGCUACAUUAAGGUUUUUCUGGCCCUGAAGCUUCAAGAUGUUCAUGCAGAAGCUGAAGGGGAAAAGUAUAUCGAAGAAAUCCUAGACCAGGUAUCAUCUCAGCCUUAUGUCCUUCGUUAUGCAGCUAAAUUCUAUAGGAGAAAAAAUUCCUGGGACAAAGCUCUUGAACUUUUAAAAAAGGCUUUGGAGGUGACACCAACCUCUUCUUUCCUGCAUCACCAGAUGGGGCUUUGCUACAGGGCACAAAUGAUCCAAAUCAAGAAGGUCACGCGCAACAGACCUAAAGGAAAAGAUAAACUGAAGGUCGAAGAGUUGAUUGCAUCCGCUAUAUUUCAUUUCAAAGCAGCUGUGGAACGAGACUCUAUGUUUGCAUUUGCCUACACAGACCUUGCCAACAUGUAUGCUGAGGGAGGCCAGUAUAGCAAUGCUGAGGACAUUUUCCAGAAAGCUCUUCAUCUGGAGAAUAUAACUGAUGAUCACAAACACCAGAUCCACUACCACUAUGGCCGCUUUCAGGAAUUUCACUGUAAAUCAGAAAAUAUUGCCAUCUACCAUUACUUAGAAGCCUUAAAGGUCAAAGACAGGUCAUCCUUGCGCACCAAAUUGAUAAGUGCUCUGAGGAAAUUGGCUACCAAGAGACUUUGUCACAAUGCUUUAGAUGUGCAGAGUUUAAGUGCCCUAGGGUUUGUUUAUAAGCUGGAGGGAGAAAAGAGACAAGCUGCUGAGUACUAUAAGAGGGCCCAGAAGAUUGAUCCUGAAAAUGCAGAAUUCCUUACUGCUCUCUGUGAGCUUCAACUUUCCAUUUAAAUACUUACCCUAGGAAAUGUGGUUUAAGUUCCCCGCCCCAUUUUGGUUUCUUGUAUUUUGAUUGUUUUGAUCCAUCUUCAUUAUAGAGCCAAUAUUUUUUGAGUUAACUAUGUUCUAGACAUUGUACUUAAAUUUUCUAUUCAUUACGAUGAAUUUUGCUGUUUUAAUUCUUUUUUUAAUUACAAUUCCAUAAUUCAUUAAGAAACAGCAAGAGUCCAGCUGUUGUUAUUUUUUUUAAUGAUAUGGCCAUUAUGAUUUGACACCCUUUUCUCUGCUAUUUAUAAUAAUUUUAUGAUUAAAUUUUGUGAAAUUUCCCAUAUUGCUUAUGCUACAGAAACUUGAUAGCUAAGUCAGGAAAAUAUUUUCAGGAAUGCAAAAUUGUGUUAAACUCUUACUUAUAUAGCUUGCAAAAAACAGAACCUUUCACUUAACAGAUGUUUUGAGUCUAAAAGCAUGUUUUUCAACCUGAAAGUCACCUAAAGAAUUCUUUUUGUUGGAAAAAUAGUAAAAAGUUUGUUGACUUCAAUAAAAGGGGGAAACUAUAAUAGGAGAAAAAAGAUAUUCUCAAUUUGUAAAUACUACAGAACUUAGAGGAUUUAUAAGAAAUUGAAAAUAUUGUCUUCCUGAAUGUUCAGUAUAGACCUAGAAAUUAUGAGAAAAAAUGAAUAAUGGAAUAUCAUUAAGCUCAUUUUAUGUGUUUUUUAACUAGAAAAAUAAACCUAUGCUGAAUGUA